CCCCACGCUAACCAACAAUGUCAGCAUCAGCAGUGCCCCGGCAGAAGGGCAAGGUCAACUAUGAGGCUCGCCUUAAGGUAGGUCUAUGCACGUGGCCACAUGCAUACGAACAGCAGAUCUACGUACGUACGCCACAUGAUGUGUGUGUCCCUGCGCCACAGAAGGUGCUCAAGGAGGUCAAAAAGGCGCAGCGUAGCAACGAGCCGGACUUGAUUAACCUCGGCUUGUGCAGCCGAGACUAUUUGCCAAGGGCAGACGAGCUUGCCGACAUCACGGCGGAGGAGAAGCAGGGGCACCACGGGCGGAUGGAGGAGGUCCUGUACCCCUUCCCGUCCAUCAUCGUCUCCAACGCGUAUUCACUCCUCAACCAUCAGGAAGACGCAGGUGAGCGGUCCAUGUGUGUGUCCGUGUGUGUGUGUCCAUCCAUCCAUCCGUGUUGGCAUUGAUUGUGCGCUGUGUGCGGAUACAAACAUACGUUGCUGAUUGGAUGGUUGAAUCAGGCGACUUCGAGACGUGCUACCCGCCGGAACGUGUCGAGCCCGAUGAGUUUGAGGAAAAUGUGCCGCUCACACUGGCCAUCGUAGCAUCUGACCCGGUACGUCGGCAGACACAUACACCGGGAGGCAGGCUAGGCAACCAACUGCCACGUAUGUCUGUCUGUCUGUCUGUCUGUCUGGGAUUGCUCAGUCCAAGGGCAUCACUGGCGCUGACUUCAUGGCACAGAUCCACGCCUUCGAACAGGGAGCCUUGUGCGAUCUCAAGGACCCUUGCGAGGGCGCGUAGGUUCACACGGCGGGUCCCGUAUGGCCUUAAUUGCAUCCUUUCGAUCACGGGUUUGUUUCUCUGUCGAUCGAUCAGGGAACUGACAGGGGCCAGGCGCCACUCGUGCGGCCGCUAUUGGCUGGAGUACACGGAUAGGUGCUGACUGAGCAACUUCCGCACAAGCAGG